AUGGAUUUGUGGACUCGCCGUUCAAACACCAGCAAGCUCUCCUUGUCCACGCCCACGGGCACUCCUGCGACGAACGGCGCUCGCCCUCCGAAUGAAUCGACCAAGAGCUAUACUGGAUCCAUAGGUAGACGGGCGGGAGAGAACUCCUCCCACAGCAACAAAAAUCCUUUCAAUACCAUGUCCCCUUCCACUACAUCCCUCGCAUCUCCCACAUCCGGCGCAGCUGGCGCGUUUGGAUUUGGCACCGGCGCUUUCUCCAAGUUCACCACCAAUCCAAAGACGCCAAAGGCAUCGACAGGCUUGGACUAUAUCAGUGCUAUUGGUGCGAAAACCCCAACUGCUGAGAAGCAGAAGGACCUUGGUGCGAAAGUAUCGAAGACAUCCCUCGCAGGAUCCAAAGCACCCACACCACCACCUACGCACAGCUUAAGACAUGGCUGGGCACUCUGGUUCCGUCCACCUAUAUCGAAAUCGAAUGGAUUUGUGGAGUACGAGAAAACCCUGCAUCCCAUGGCGCAGUUCGAAACCAUGGAGGAGUUCUUUACUGUCUACAGUCACUUGAAGCGUCCCUCGACCCUGCCACUCGUGUCCGAUUAUCACAUAUUCAAGAAAGGUAUCCGCCCAGUUUGGGAGGAUGAUGAGAAUAAGAAGGGCGGAAAGUGGAUUGUUAGACUAAAGAAAGGAGUCGCAGACCGAUACUGGGAGGACCUCCUCUUCGCACUGAUUGGUGACCAGUUCGCAGAGGCGAGUGAAGAAGUUUGCGGGGCUGUUCUGAGUGUCAGAAAUGGAGAAGACAUUCUGAGCAUCUGGGCCCGCAAUGACGGCGGGAGGGUCCUCAAAAUUAGGGAGACGAUGAAGCGCGUUCUGGGCUUUCCACCGGACACUAAGGUUGAAUGGAAGAGUCAUGAUUCCAGCAUUCAACAACGAACCGCGAUUGAUGACGCGCGGAAGGAAAAGUCCAAUCAGCACAACAACCACCACACUACGCCAGGACGCAAUGCCAACAGAGAUGUUGAUAAUGCACCUUCGUCAGACAAGAAGUAG